AUGGCGGAAGAUCGAGUCAGAGGCGGCUGGAACAGGCACGUGACGACGCGCAAUGCGAAGCCGACUCGGAACAAAAGGGAGAGAAACGACGAGACUACAGCGGGAGGUCCUGUAAUUUGUUCCGCCGCGGUGCUUUUUCAGUACCCCUGGUUCACAGUGCUGGUGACGGCGUGGGUGCUGUGUGGGCUGGCCGUGGCGGCAUGGCUGCUGUGGGAUCGGCACUCGCAGUACGAGAGGCACAGAGAAGACUCGCUGGGCGUGUGGUGCAAGGAGCGCGCGCUCAUGCUGCAGCAGCUCGUGCUGACCAAUGUUGGGCAGACACAGACUCUCACAGGCAUCAUAUCAGUGAUGGGCAAACCAGGUCGGAGGGGCAAGUGGGAGUUGGACAGGUGUUUGAGUGGAAGCACAUGGGAGGCGUACCUCACUCGCAUUGCCUAUGCCCGCCCGGGCAACACGGGGGCACUCUCCUGUGUCUUUGUCAGGGACGAAGAGAGGGCGGCUUUUGAGCGGCUGUACGGCAGCAUAAGAGACAACACUCUCAACGUCAGUGCACACCGCCCCAUCUACUGCCCCAAGAUCCUCCAAUUCUCCACGACAGUAGCAAUGAACGGCACGCAGAAUGUCGACGUCAUGAAGCGAUUUCCCACAGAAGUUCCGCUGGCUGUGGAGGGAAGGCCUUUCUACACGUGGCCAUACCCCUUGGCUAAUUCGUCAACAAAUGCCGGGUUCGGUGUGGCCUUUCCUCUUCGCCGCACAAACCAUUCGCGGCAAGCAGCCGUGUCGAUGGUUUAUGGCACGCUUGCUGCAUCUGUAGACGUGACAUCCAUUGCUAAGAAGGUCGUGCAAGAGUUGUAUGCACCUGACCCGUCCAAGUCCUUCGAACUAUACGACGUCACGAACCGAUCAACCCUCUUCGCCAUCGUCUCACCUGUCCCGCUGCACAUCUACGUCCUUCCCACCGAUCCCGCCGCUCGCAUGCUUCCCUCGCCUGCGUCUGAAACGCGUCCCUGGGAGAAUCCGGCUAUGGUGCCUUUGGAAGAGAUGGGAGCAGGCGUGCGCAAGUAUGAAGUUUGGUGCAGGCACACAGAGCCUCCCAGCGCGUGGCAAUCGUGGGGCAUCCCCAUCCUCAUCGCCCUCUUCGCCCUCCUCCUCGUGCUGCUCGUGGUGGUAGCGGCUCGGAUUCAGCGAGCCCAGUUCUUCCAGACCCAGCAGCAGAUGGCAGUUGCAGACAAUCUAAGGAAGGAAGCAGAGGGAGCAGAGGCAUCAAAGAGCAUGUUUGUGGCAUGCAUGUCUCAUGAGCUCAGAACGCCGAUGACUGGGAUCAUUGGUAUGCUCGAUGCGUUGGCAGACAUGUCCCUCCAACCUCCUCAGCUAUCAGACCUCCUCAGCGCACGGGGGUGUGCGAUGGAUGCACUGCAUCUGGUCAACCGCGUGUUGGACCUGGCGAAGCUGGAGGCAGGCAAGGCGGUGGCGGAUGAGACGAGCUUCAGCGUGCGCAACUGGCUUCAUGCGGCAUUGGAGUGGCACACAAAGGAAGCACUCUCUAAAGGCAUUGAAUUGCACGGCACUGUGGACGACAACGUUCCAAGUCACAUCGUUGCCGACCAGAUGCACCUCUCCAAAGUGCUUAAAGAGAUCACAGAUAAUGCAGUGAAGUUCACGGAGCAAGGCCGCGUGACAGUGCGGGUGUCCCUGGUGCCUCGAGGGACAAGCUUGCAAGACGCCCUUCGUUGCCAGGGUCUUCUCACAACCGCCCCUCGUGCACCCACGCCCACUCUCACCAGCAUGGCUGCCUGGUACUCCUCAUCAUGGCUUUGGCUCAAGGAGGCCUUGAGGAGAUUGCCAGCAGCAGCAGCAGCGGCAGCAGCAUCAAGUGCCUCAAGCAGCCCUUCAAGGGAUCGGCCUGCUGUGCUGGUGGUGUCGUGUCGGGACUCAGGAUGCGGGCUGCCAGCAUCUCUCAUUGGAAUCCACAGAAGCAAGGAGGCCUCGCCCUUCUUGCUUGCGGACUUGCAUGAGGCAGGGAGUGGAUCAGGAGCAUCGCUUGGGCUUGUGCUCAUGCACCAGAUGGUGACUCUAAUGAAAGGGGAGAUUUCCUUUGAUUCCCAGGCCGGCUGUGGAUCCACUGUGGCGUUUUCCAUGCCCGUGGCCGCGGCGGCGGAUGAGGCGGUGACGCGGGCGUGGGUGGGCGGGCUGCGAGUGCUAGUGGUGGACGACACGCCCGUCAACCUCCUCGUGGCCCGCCGCUCCCUCAAGCGCUGGGGGGCCCACGUGACGACUGCCUCCUCCGGACAGCAGGCUGUUGAGAUGAUAUCAGCUGGGGUGGUGGAGGGAAGAAGGGAGAACGCGGGUGCGGUGGCAGGGAUACAGGAAGCAAGAAGGGCGGGUUCUGAGCUAGUGAGAGCAGGAGCAGGGGGGGCUGGUGAGAUGGUUGUGAAUAGAGGCUCGGGAAUGGGGGCUGAAAUCACUGGGAGUAGCACAGAGGGGUUAGCUAGUAGAGAUGGGUGUGGGGCAAGGCGAGCAAGUGAAAAACGAGGGGUUGAGAGAGGUGCGGAUGGUAGAGGUGGGAGUGAAAGAGGAGGGAGUGAACGAGGAGGAAAUGAAAGAGGAGGGUAUGAAGGAGGGCAGCGGGAGGCGAGAGGGCAGCAGGAGGAGAAAGGGCAGAGGGAGGCGGGUGCAUCAUCAUUGCAGCAUGGCUUCGACUUGGUUCUCAUGGACCUGCAGAUGCCGGGCAUGGAUGGGUGA